GCCGUGGGCCUUUUUUUUUCUCUUUCAAACUGAACGUGCACACGAACAUGGAAUUCGCAAUUUCGGACGAGGUGUACGACAAUUUGUAUUUGUCAGAUGACAAUCCAGAUUUGCCAGCAGUUCUACCCAGUGCACCUCCAGAUUUGGGUUCCUUUUACAUCAGACUGCACUGGCCAGAGGUAGGCCUACCGCAAAGGUGGGCGCCUAUGCUUCAAAAAGCGCUUCAGACGUGGAUGAACAUAACUCUGCUCAACGAAAUCAAUGUCAGGUGCAACAUCCACAGACUUCAACCAUUGGAAACCCCAGGUUGCGCAGAGGUGCAGCUAACGCCUUUCGCAGCCCUUUCCAAAAUACUGACCAAGAAAUCGUCCCAUCUGACCUUCAAGGACUUGAAGCAGACAGCUGUUGUGGACUUUUACAGUAGUGCUGCCCAAAUGAACAAGUCGACUGAUACCAUGAAGAACGGUCAAACGGCUUUACAAAUUCCGAUAAAGGUGAAUGCAGUGGUUGAUGUGCAGAAUUUUAGCCCCCAAGUGCAGGCUGAAGUUAUGAAGAGGUUCAAGACGUACAGCUCGGGACCGCACAAUCUGUGCAUACAGGGAACACUGGAGGAUGUUAACAUGUUUUAUGACAAGCUCCAACAGGUAGUAUUGCAAAAACAACAGCUUGAGAACAGUGUGUCACAUACUCAGCCCCCCACGACGACACAAAACUCUGAAAGUCCCAAAGACUUGACCUUGAAGGCUCCUCUGUUCCAGUACACGGCUGCGUGCAAAACGCACGGAAACAAGAUAUGGCAGAUUCUGGAGGAAAACAGGGUGGCGAUGCAAGCUGAAGUGGCACUGAGCUUCAAACAUCAAGGAACUGGGGUGGACAUGAGCUCUAAAGCCUGCCAAGAAAUCAGUAAACUUCUACAAAGCAUGGGGCCUCCUGCUCUCAAUCAAACAGACUCCACUGUAGAGAAAAAGCAGCAGCCUCAGUCAACAGGGUUUGGUUUUCCUCAAGAACACAGCCUUGGUUCUAAGGAAAGUCCUAUGAUGAAGGAAUCUGUGGCGUCUUGCAACAGGCCUACUGAGGAAACCGCUGCUACUGCUAAGGCUGUGUGCGGAGUAGAGGCGGCACAUGAGGAACAUGUGAAUAAUAACAACAACCAAAUGCUAGUUCAUCAUGUGGGGAAAUCAAACUUAAAGAAAGCCAGCCAACAAAACCAGCUGAGCGGAAUAGAAACAACAGCACCAUUAGUUCAAAGAGGAAGACAUUGUCCAAUAUGUCUGAAGGGGGUCAAAAAUAACUUGUGUUUGCCUUGCGGCGAUAAUGUCUGUGGCAAGUGCAUCGAGAAAGCCCUCAUCAAGGGGCAAAGCCGUAGCUGUCCAUUGUGCCAAGAGGACAUUGAGAAAAUCGUGGGAGAUCAGCCUAAGGGGAAAAUGACUGUCGAUAUAGAAAGAGAGAGCCUGCCAGGCUUUCUAGUCUACAACACCAUAAGGAUUGACUAUGAUAUGCCAGGUGCUGUGCAGACGAAAGAUCAUCCCAGGCCAGGUAAACAAUUUUGUGGUCUUCGUGCGACUGCUUACCUACCUGACAGUCCUGAUGGGCAGAAUGUUGUUCAACUCCUGAAAAGAGCCUUCACCCAGAGGCUUGUGUUUACUGUGGGGGCGUCCAGUGCCACCGGAGAGGAGAACUGCGUCCUCUGGAACAUCCCUCACAAGACGAGCAAAUACGGAGGACCUUCGAGCUCUGGCUACCCCGACCCAGACUACAUUAAGAAGGUCAAGGAGGAACUGAAGGCAAAAGGCAUCGAGUAGAUAACUUAAAACCUGAACUCUAUUUAUUUCCAUCAAAUGUUGUUAUAAUUAUAUGUUGUUAUGUACAUCAUGGCAUUGGUAAUGGUUUGGUCCAAAUCUCUGUGUUUGAUUUGUAUUAAAAUAUGCAAAAGUGCACUGCGUUUGCACUGCACUAUUGAAAGCUUCAGCUCAUCCUGAGGGAAAAGUGAUCCGUGUGAAGAAUUUGUCUGCUAAAUUGGUUAUAGGCCUACAAAAUGAAGAGAAUCAAACUAGCAAACUGUUCAACUCAAUUGUGGCCUGAAGGGGUUAACAAAACACUUCCUCGUUAGUGUUAUCUUUCAAACAAGAUUUUCCAGAAUGUCAUGUUUGUAUUUAUAGCCUAUGCCAGUGGUGUACGCAGACAUCACAGACAUUUUGGGGCCGGUGUUCGAGGUGGAACCCCACAUGUGGAACUCUUUACUGAGCUAUAGAGGCUAUAUUAUAUAUAUUAUAUUAUAUUCCAUGGUGA